UUCUGCAAAGUUGGUUACAAAGGAAAAGAUAUUAAAGCCAUAUUUGAAGAAGCUGAUAAAGAGAUACCAAAUAUUUCAACUACAUAUGAAAAGAAUCCUGAUGCCAUUUAUACUAGUAGAUUAUUUUCAUUUAACAAUUUGUCUAAACCCAUUAAUUCACCCAUCAUUACUUCAUAUCUAAAUGAAGAAGAUAAUAAAGAUUGUCAAGAUUCACAAUUACUUGAUUUAGAGGUCCCUAGCUCAUUACACUCAAGAAAGAUAGUUGAUGACCAAAAUGGUUCUUGA